AUGUCGAUACCGAACGAGAAACUGCAGCAGAUUCUGCAGGAAAUCAGCCAAAAGAAGGCUUUUGCCGAACAGCAACUCGUGAUUGUGAGGCAGCAGAAAGUUGCCAACAGCCGAGAAGGCCGGAUGUUGCAGCUAACUGCCAGUGAGAUGGAGUCGCUGCCGAAAGAGACGAAGGUCUACGAAGGCGUGGGGAAAAUGUUCGUCUGCACUCCCAUUCCUGAUGUCCAGAAGAGGCUAUCAGAUGAGGGCGAGAAGCUCAAGGGUGAAAUAUCAAAUCUGAACAAAAAGGAGGACUAUCUGGAAAAGACCUACGAAAACAGCAAGAACAGCCUCGAGCAAGUGCUGGGAGGUCGGAGCGGCUGA